UCAGUUUCCGCGCAAAGUUAUCUUUUAAUUGAACUUCAAUGCAUAAAUUAAUUUCUCGUAGACGGCUAGGCUACCCAGCGCGGUUCCAGAACAACAAGAGUUUGUUCGAAAAUAUGUCGGGUUUUGGAGCAGAUAGCUCGGUGAAUAUCGACCAAGAUUUCUUCGAUAGUGGAUAUUCCUAUAACAGUCAAGCUCAGGAAAACCAAGAUUACGGAAAUGAGCAGCCAUUUGAUUAUUCCCAAGGCUAUUCACAAUAUGAACAGCCAUCUGGAGCUUACAGCUACUACAACCCUUCGGACUAUGGUGCUUCUGGACCAACGUCAAUGAACUCUGGGUCAGUUGACUAUGGAUUUUCUGGUUCAAUGCAGGCUAGGCAAACUAGUGAAGAUUAUACGACGUUUGGAGACGAGCCUCCUUUGCUUGAAGAACUUGGAAUAAACUUUGAGCACAUUUGGCUAAAGACCUUAUCUGUCAUAAAUCCACUACAACCAACUGAUGCAAAUAUUAUGGAUGAUACUGAUCUUGCUGGACCAUUAGUCUUCUGUCUUGCUUUUGGAGGUUUCUUGUUACUGUCAGGAAAAGUUCAUGGAUUUGGAUACAUAUAUGGUGUUGGUGUUCUCGGAUGUUUAUCUCUUUAUUCAAUUCUGAACUUGAUGAGCAUGACUGGUGUUACCUUUGGCUGUGUCAUAAGUGUUUUAGGUUAUUGUCUUUUACCAAUGGUGUUAUUGUCCAGUAUCUCCAUAUUGAUAUCAUUACAGGGUAUGGUUGGUACAGUGUUAACAGCUGUCACUAUUGGCUGGUGCAGUUUAUCAGCAUCCAAACUGUUUGUAGUUGUUUUAGCAAUGGACUCACAACAGCUGCUUGUAGCAUAUCCAUGUGCUUUGCUAUAUGGAGUAUUUGCAUUAUUGACUGUUUUCUAAAUAGAUAGCUUAUUAAUAUAACACUCUUUAUGAGGUUAGAAGUAUAGUCUCUCAAGUAGAACCAAAAGAAAAUAUUACACAGUAGUAAUGAACCUCAUGUUGGCGCACGUCUUUAAAAUGAGAGUUGACUGAACUAAAUAACUUAGAUGUUUUCAAUGUGAUGAUACUACUUUAUGCUCCUCCAGGACCUCUAGUGUCUGUUAAAGUUUGACAGUAAAUUAUACUGAUCUAAUGGAACUCUAGUUUUACACUCUUCAUGAACAUGUAUGAUGAUCGAAGUGACAAAAUGAAGAUUUAUAUAGUUUUUUGUACAAAACCAAUGAACAAGGAUAAUAUAAUUUCAUGUAAAAUGGAUUCAGAGUAUAAAGUAUAUAAUGUGGUGAAUUAUUAUAGAAGAGAAAGUUUAUAUAUUGACAUUUUCAAUUCUGUUUUUUUUUUUUAAUAAAACUACCACAACAUGAGAAACAUGGAUGGCACAGUAAAAGCUCCAGCCUUUCUCAGUAUCACAGUUGAAAUCCUGGUCAGGGGGGCCAUUGACUUUGUAGCCAGUCCUUCCUCUUGCUCCAAGGGUUUUUCUCCAAGCUCAGUGACAUUCCCCACAGCCCAUGCUCAGGAAGUCUUUUUGUAAAUACCCAGUGAAAUUAAAAUAGCAUGCAACACGAUACAACCUUGAA